CCUCCUCCUAUCUGAUUAUCUGAGAUACUGCAUAUAAAGACAUGGAAAGGUGUAAUGGGUUAGGUUUAGUGGAGACUAUCUACGAAGCAAAUCAUGAGGAGGAAAGAGAAGAAGGAGAAGAAAAUAGUGCGUCUUCCUUCAGAGUUUCAGCUGCAACUUCUUCAGCAUGCAGUUUUCCUUCAUCGACUCCUGAUCUGCAGAGCAUUGUAGAUGAUUGGUCGAAGGCUGUGGGAUAUAAUCCUGAUGUAGUAAUUCAAGUGUAUGGAGAUUCUUUUCUUCUGCAUAGGGAACCCAUGGCAUUCCGUAGCCGUUACAUUAGACAGAUUCUAAGGACAACUAACGAAGCCAGCGUCUCCCCACCGUUAAACAUAACGGUCGAGACCUUCACUGAGGUGGCGAGCUUCUGCUACACGGGGGCCGUCACUCUAACGCCGUUCAACCUGGCGGCCUUAACGGCCGCCGGCGAGGUGCUGGGCGGCGGCGGAGAAGGGAGUCUUGCUCAACGGACGGAAGAGUAUUUCCGGCGGGAGAUCGCCCGAGAUGAGGAGAAGGCGGAGGACGUGCUGUGGAGUUGCGUGGGGAUACUUCCGGGGUCUGGGGAGGCGGCGGUAGGAUUGGCGGCGAGGUGCGUCCAGGUGUUAAGGACGGCCGGAGAACACUGCGGGUAUGGGUGGACGGCGAAGCUGGUGGGGAUUCCGGCCGAUUCGCUUGAAAGAAUUAUGCGGUCGAUGGGGAGUUUGUCCGUACAUGAUCACGAUGUGCUGUACAGAAUCGCCGAUGAGUACUUCGAGACCAACAACGGAAGGCUCACAGAGGAGGAGAAGCUACGCAUCUGCCACACAAUAGACCUUACAAAGCUCUCGCAUCACCUUCUCAUGCAACUCGUCCAAAACUCCUCCUUUCCACUCCGCUUUAUAUUAAAAGCCAUGCUCCACCCCCCCCCCCCCACCACCACCACCAAAACCACCACUCUCAGCGACUUGCUCGAUCGCGAUGCCGCCGCCCGCCCAGCCCCCGCCGGUCAAACCAUAAGCUUUCGGUUUAUUCAUGCGGAUGCCGGUGAGAAUGGACCGGCCUCCGCUGCUUCGCCGGAGAAGAGCGGCGUCGGGAAAAGGAGGGGCUUGGGAAGGAAGCUGGUGGAGGGGUUUAGAAGACUGUUCAGAAGGGAUAGGGAGGGAAAAUGA